UAAUUACAUAAAUGGUACCUAGUGAAAUAAACCCAACUUCGGUGGGAGGCCCAAAGCGUCGGGAAUGUCGGAGACGAUGUCGAUCAGGAGGAGAAAUUACUCACAAGCCACGCCCAAGCCCGCAUCACGCAAGCCAAGCCCCAUCAGCCAAAUUCAAACUCCGACAACCGCAACAAGCCAUCGCAAGCCACUUCCUCAAGCCGGUAUGUAAAGUCUGACGUCGAACCCUAUCAUACGAACGUGUUCGCAGGUCCGGUAAUCGUUCUAAUUUGGGUUCAGCGCAUGGACCGCCAUGCGAGUUCCGGGCCCGUGCGGCCAUUGCUGGCCUCGACCGCAGCGUAAAGGGGUCGGGUACUAGUAGGACACAUGCUCGUUGGGAUGACGCAGCCGGCUGACCAGAGAAGAAGAGGUCCUCGUCAUCGAGCCAUAUGUAGACUGCAGUCGGCUCCGGGACGAAGGACGAAGUCCGGUGCCGGCUUCGCGUUUCAUGAUGACGAGAGCACUGUUCAGGGCAAGCCGUAAGGGAAGGGCUCCUGGUGCUUCGGAGCGUAUGUGUCGACUAUGCGUUCCAUCAAUGUCAUCGGAAUCGGAAUCGGUCGCCGGCGUCUGUGGUGCAUGGGCCACUCAGUCUCAGCUGACACGAUUCUAUUGAGAGCAUUGGCGCUGUCCUAUGAAAACCCACAGAAUGAUUGGGAGAAACGUAUUCGCUCGGCGCAAGAAGUUGUGAGGGUGAGACGGGAGGUCGAGGCCGCCGAGGAGAAGGCUCGAGAGAAGCACCGGGUUGGUAACGGGCAAGCAGCUCAAGACGUUGACGUUCCGCGCGCCGACGGAAGCCCAGGGUCGAUGAGAACGAGCACUCUUGGAUCUUCCUCAGACCCAAGUCGUCGCUUCGCCUUACCCUGGUGUACAUAUAAACCCGCUGGCAACUUGUCUUGUUUGGCGCUUGCUUUGUACAUGCUACUCACUACGUUCCGUGGUCGCCUAGUCUCCGAAGGGACUAGAACGGCCGAUAUUUGACCGUCUGAUGGUCCAGAGGAGUCUAGUCACUUGGUCCAUCAGGGGCUAUGGCUCUGGUCCCCGGGUGGGGACUCCGACGACCGAUCUGGGCCCUGUUCGAGUAGUCACCUCCGCGACCGCGUGGGUGGUCACCGUUAGCUCUAAUAUCUAUGCGCUGUUUGAUAUCAAGGAUUUCUCUACUGGAUUGCCCUUAUGUUCGUCAAUGUAUGUCCCCACCAGUGCGCCCAAGGCACACACCUAAGCUGUAUCAGCGUUGCCAUGGCCGCGUAGCAUGGCACCUGUGCGAAGGGAUCAGCGUGCGUACGAAAUUUUGGUCGAAUUCGGAGAAAACAUGUCGCUUUUAACUUUUGUCUUCCCCGGUCCUCUUACGCUGCGGCCGCUGGAGAUGUUGUUCAGGCGUGGAAAUCCAGGGACAUCUCCGCUUGACUCAGACCUCCACAUUCUUUCGACGCGAUCCUGCAACGGUGUGGACGCCGUACAGUUCUUUUAUUCUUUUAAUGGACUCGAGACGUGCAUUGGGGAGAGGUCCGCCGCCUAGCCAUUGGCGCAGCGGUCCUCACGCGAUGCGGUCUGCUACAUCGCCUGAAGGCUCUCCACCGGCGCCUUGUAUCCUCCAGCCUUUCACUCGAUCGCCAGCACCCUAUUCCAACUACAAUAUUUACAAUACCCCCGUGCCUCAAGAUUCGCAUCACAAUCAGCGUGGACGCCGUGAUCGCCAGCUCCCGCCAUCCAUUGAAGAGCGGUUGGCACAGCUGGAGUUGCGCCAGCGCGAGUCGGAAGAAGAGAACCAGUGGCUACGUCGACGCAACAAUGAGCUCGAAGCUGAGCUGGCCCGGCCAGUUGUGCGUGGAUCGGGGCGCCAGGGAUACAGUCGUGCGGAGAUUGAUAGCGACGAUUAUGCUCCUGGGGAAAUGGACAUCUUGCCGCCAGCUCCCAAUCCUGUUUUCGAUGACUGCACCGAUGGACCUGUGCCACAAAUAGAGCCUGCUACUCGGCGUCUGGCUCCUUACACUAAACCGGCCAACCCAAUGUCUUCAGUCUCGCAGAACCCCGUCGUACCUUCCGUGCAACCUGCCGCGGGUGCCCGACCGCCGGUGAAGCCAGCUGUUCUUGUUUCUUUGGGGUUGCCUCACAAAGACCUCACAAAGGACCAACAGGAAGUGCGGAGUAAGAUCACACGCCGUGUUGGUUCUACAUUCCGCAAUCUCUGCGGGAUCACAGCACAGGAACCGUGGCCCGACCCGUCUGUUGUUCGGAUCGAUUCAUCCACGGGCGAACAUCUUUUUACUCCAAACUUCCCUGGAGGAGUGACCGAUCGUAACAACGUCAAGCUCAUUGAUGCUGUUGCUGAUGAAGUACUCAGGGAACUCGAGGAUCCCGACUGUCGCCCAGCAAAGUUUGACACAUGUGGAGCAACAGUUGAUCGCCAUCUGCUCCAAGCAUUUGCGAAGGAGUCUUUCAAAGGCUUCAAGAAGCAAUACAAGACCCAAGUCGACGAGGUUGCUCUGGCGAACAAGAUCAAGGCCAAGGCCAAGGACCGUCGGGAGCAGCGGCGCAAAGCGAAACACGGUCAUCGCCUCGAAGCUGUGCCCCAGUACGCGACUGAGCAUAAUCUCAAUGAGGAGGAUAUUGCAGCUGCCAUAGACCCUGAGCACAUGUCUGACGAGUUCUCUGAACCGGACCCAGAUGAUAAAGAUGCUGAUAAACUAGAUUGGGCUGUUCGGAUGGCAAAGGCAACGGGACGAAUGGACGCCACUCGACAGUCAGUGCAAGAUUUGCGUUUCCUUGAGGUAUCCAAACUUGCUUGGAGGACUGAUGAGGCUACAAACUUCAACCUCGAAUUAAGCCAGAUUUACGAGGAUUCGCUCACAGAAACUGACAAGGAUAAACGCAAGUACAUUCGUGUUCGUGGCACCACUCGCAUGUCGAAGCGUGUGCCCAAUAAAGCACCAUUCAAUUUUGCGGUCCGGCCGGAUUGGUUGGCAGAUCAGAUGAAGGACGCCAAGAUGGCACAGUAUUUGACCAGUGCUGGAUGGGGAACUUAUCCGGGUCCUUGUGGGCAUGAUCCUGAUCUCGAGGCAUCUGGGACACCUAGUAAUGUCGAUGCUAAUAACAUGCCCAUCGAGUCUCACAGCAGAUAGGCAAUAGGAGGAGGACAUAAGUAGUUCAGACAUACUUGCAGAUACCCCUAGUUACAGUAAAAUGUCUUUUAAUUGUCACUUUCUUCUUCCUCAAUUUCUGCUGAAAAGCCUGCGGCAAUUGCAGGGGUCAUGAA